AUGGAAUUCCCAAAAGGACAAGCAGAAAAGAUGAUCAGGGGAUUGAACUUGUUUCCUGAACUUGAUGUGAACAUUUUUGAAGAUGAUCCGGCAUUGACAGCACCAAAAAUAGUCGAGAAAAGUAUACGAUUGCCCGGAUUAUUUGCUCCCGGAACCAGUGUUCAAGACUUGGGACACAAGGCUGGAUAUUAUCAACUUCCUCACACCAAAAGUGCAAGGUAUAACAUUUUCGAAAAUCCCCAUUACAAAAAAUCGAUUCAUGCAUCUGUAUCUGUUCUUCAGGUUUUGGUAUCUUUUCUUGCAGUUUACCUGAUAAGGAUGUUCUAUUUUUUCUUUGAAUCAAGAAACGAGCCGAGUACCGACCCUGUUUUUGUAUGGUUACAUGGAGGACCCGGAUGCAGCACAUCGGUGCCCCUGUUUUAUGAAAGCGGCCCUUUCCACAUAACAAACAACUUGUCUCUUGUAUGGAAUGAUUUUGGUUGGGAUAAGGUCUCAAACAUUAUAUAUGUCGACCAACCAACUGGAACAGGUUUCAGUUAUACUUCUGACAUAGCUGACAUACGAAGAGAUUCUGUGGGAGCUGCCAAUGAUUUCUAUGACUUCAUGCAGGCAUUUUUCAAGGCGCACCCUCAAUAUGCAUGGAAUGAUUUUUACAUCACUGGAGAAUCAUAUGCCGGGCACUAUAUUCCAGCUUUUGCUGAUCGGAUACAACGGGGAAACGAUAAUAAAGAAGGGAUUCAUAUAAACAUGAAAGGAUUAUCUAUUGGUAAUGGAUUGACAGAUCCGGAGAUCCAGUACAAAGCAUAUACUGAUUAUGCUUUAGACAUGAAAUUGAUCAACAAAUCUGAUUAUGACAGCCUGAGCCAGUCAAUCCCCGGAUGUGUACAGGCAAUAAAACUCUGUGGCAAUAGCAGUGGUCCAUCAGAAGCUUGCGCCAAGGCUUUCUCUGACUGCACCGCCAUUUACAAUAAGAUAGUUAAAAUAUCUGGAAAUAUAAAUUUCUUUGAUAUUCGAAAACCGUGUGUGGGUUCUACGUGCUACAACUUCUCGAACGUUGAAAAUUUCUUGAACCAGAAGUCAGUUAGAGAAGCACUUGGUGUUGGAGAUAAACAAUUUGUUUUAUGUAAUCUUACUGUGUAUGAAUCAAUGAAAGUGGAUUGGAUGAGGAAUUACGAAGUUGAUAUACCUGCACUACUAGAGAAUGGAGUCAAGUUACUUGUAUAUGCUGGGGAGUAUGAUCUUAUUUGCAACUGGCUUGGAAACUCGAGAUGGGUCGAUGCUAUGGUAUGGUCGGGACAGAAAGACUUUGUAUCGGCUCCUUCUGCUCCAUUUAUUGUAGAUGGAGUGGAGGCAGGAUUAAAGAAAAGCCAUGGACUUCUUACUUUCCUUAAGAUCAUUUCAGAAAUCAUUAGACGGAGUAAGGGUAAUUUGCAGGCUGUGAUUGAGGCUGGUAUUAUUUCACCUCUUCUCCAAAUGUUUCAAGAUGCUUACGAUUUUCAUGCUGCUGCUGAGAAAGAAUUUGUAUCGGCUCCUUUUGCUCCAUUUAUUGUAGAUGGAGUGGAGGCAGGAUUAAAGAAAAGCUAUGGACUUCUUACUUUCCUUAAGGUCCAUAAUGCUGGCCACAUGGUUCCUAUGGAUCAACCAAAAGCAUCACUAGAAAUGAUAAAGAGGUGGAUGCAAGGCAUACCUCUGUAA